AGUGGAACACCAUAGGAGAUCCCUUAGGAGGACGUACCUACAUUUACAAAAAAUGAACGUUCUUCAGGUGAUCCAUCACUCCGACAAGUGUAGCAACGGGAUUGAAUCCUUGAAGCUCCUUAAGAAACUGAGUGAUGACAAAGAGGAGGCUGCGGAGGAGGAUUCAAGCAACAACUAUGAUCCAUCGACUUCUCAGAUGGUGGCUGAGCUACCUAUCCUGACCCAAGCCUACAAUUUGAUUGACAGAAUGCAGCACACACGGCAAGGAAUAACUUACAGUGACUUUGACCGCCUCCUUCAGAAGGAUGGCCGCUUCAUGAGACGCUUGAUAGACAGAAACCUCUUGAAGCAUAACUUGAUUAAGUUCACCAUGUCCGAUAAGGGACGACAGCGAAUUCGAAGAUUUCAAACCGUUGACAAGGUAACGAAAUCAACUCCAAAGAAAGAUGCUAAUAGUGAAACUCAAGCCACGGCAUCAACUUCAGAGACGAAAGUGCCACCACACAAUACUACUGAGAGGUACAGGAAACGAAGGCAGAGAGUCCUGGAGUUGAUUCAGAAAAACAGGGUACAAGAGGGCUGCUUUAACAUGAUUAAGGAGAUUCGACAAGAGGAGGCACAGGAGGGGCGGACCACAGUGUGCGACCGGAAAUCCAUCUUCAGGAUUUUAGACCAGUUGAAUAAGGAAGGACUGUGCCAAACGUUCUCUACAGUCGUCAUGUCAGAUGAUGGAACCGAGUCGAGAACAUGUAAAAUCAUCCUGGAUGUUGGUGUGGAGCGGAACGACCCAAGGGUCCUUCACAUCAUCCAGCAGGUUAAGUUACGUAUGAUCAGUUACAAGCUGCACCAUCCGCCGCCCAAUCACACCAAGGGAAAGAAGAAUAAAAUGAAAAUUGCGAGGCCAGUCAAGGGAAGAAAGAGUCGGUCCAAGGGGGCUGACCCACUCCUGAGGAAGCGGAUCACCCAGUACGCGACCCUGGCGCAGCCAGAGGGGUCGGAGACCAAAACGAGACCGGCGGGCUCGCGUAUCGCCACCCACGAGGCGCUGCUCGGGAAAACGGGAAACAGUGACGGUGAUGAAGACGUCAAGAAAAGUGAAAGUGAAGACAUGUUGCCUGUAGAGAGACAGUACGUCCCGAAGAGGAAUGUCUAUGGCUUGUUGCCAAAAAUGGGGAAGACAAUGGUGCUGCAUAGGUUCGUGUGGUAUCUCCUGUAUGGGAUGCCAAGGCAAAAGUCACCCAAGGCCCCUCAGUCAGCUGAUAACAUUCCAGGUAGUUCGGGAAACGAAACCAUGAUUAUCAAACAAGAGGUUGAUGAAAGUCAGCAAAGUCAAGUCUCGGGGGAACUUGAGCCUUUGCAGGCAACAUUUACUACUGGCCAGCUUCAGGAUUCAAACAAUUUGAUUGGCCAAUCCACCAACCAAUCAGAGUUGACUUUCUCAUCUGCUGGCCAAUCAGAAAAUCUGUCUGAGGUUGAUAACAGUAUGCAGUGUCAGACUCAUGCUCAGAGGGAGACUCCGAUAGGUGGACAAGAACAGACUGCGAUGUCAGUCUGCCAAGUGGAAAGCGCCAUGCAUCUUGCUGACCAAUCAGAAGAACUGUCUGACGCAAACAGUGGAAACCAAAAUCAAUCAGAGUCUGCGAUUGGUGGACUGAAGAGAACCGCAGAGGGAGCCAAUGGGCAAACGACCAGUGAAAAUGGACUGAAAGUUUCAACCUCUGAAGGAAGCAGCACCCAAUCAGAACUAGCCUCAGCAGGUGAUCUUCUGGCAAUUAUCGAGUCUGGUUAUUUGCCCGAGAAGCUGACCACGUCCUUGCCAACAGAUCCAGUGUCCAGCUUGGAAUUUACAGCACCCAACAUGGAAUCUGGAAUGCCCAACUUUGAAUCUACAAACCCCGACUUAGAAUCUGCCAUGCCCAACUUGGCAUCUACUGUGGCCAACUUGGAACGUAGUGUACCCAAUUUGGAAUCUGCCUCGCCCAACUUGGAAUUUGGAGCAAGCAUCAGCAAUGUGAAUCCUGCAAGCACAUUCCCAGUUAGGCAGGACGCUCGGAACUUAUUACUCUCAAGGGUGAAGGUUUAUCUGGAUGUGAUGGACUGGCGGCGUUUUGUCAAACCACUACCCGAGUACAAGGACCUUCCUCAUGGAUGGUGCCUUCUUGGGGACCUUUUCCUGUCUAUGCCCCUCGUCACAUUCUGUGAAAUAAUUUCUCUCCGGUAUAUGAUUGAGGGUCUGGAAGACUACUUGAAGGACCCGUUACUGAAGCUGCUACUUAUCAAGGAUCUACCGGACAGGCUACGGAAUAGCCUCCUGGAGGAAAGACGCUACAUCUACAAUAUGGAUAGCAACGUCGAUCUGUUGUGCACCCUGGGGCUAGGGGUCUACACCCCACACUUAAAUGAGAACAAAGAUGUGUUGAGCAUGUACAUCUGUCGUAAUGUGAGAAUCGUGGACACCACGUCAAGUCAGCCUGGGUUCUACUACAUAUCAGACAAGUCCUACCCGAUCCUCAAGUACAACCUAAGAACACUGGACGAUGUGGAGAAAUACUGGUUUGACUUGAAAGUCAUAUGUCUGGAUACUCCUCUUGGUUUUGUAAAAAAAAAUGUCAAGGGCAAGAUAAUUAAAACCAAACUGACCGGCUUCGCCCGGAAAGCAGACAGUUACCUAGAUCCGGUGAUUGAAGAUGGAAGAAUUCCAGGGGAUGGCAAGGGGGCUGGGGGCUUCGACUCGAGUUUAUAUUGUCACCUGAAGAGGAACUGGACAAGUAAUGUGCUGGAGGCAGGCUACAUGUGCAAGCAGAGGUACCACAACCGAUUCUCAAAGGGACAGAGAAACACUUCUGAGAGACUGAGUAAUCCACUCAAACCAAGGACGGUCUCGCUGUCCACCAGAAAAGGUGUAAAAGAAAAGGUGGCCGUGGAAACCAAACUGGUGAACGUCGAUGAGCACAAGGCUGGGAGAGUCGGUGGCAAAGGCUUGAAGCGCAAGAGGUCCCCGAAACCUAAGAAAGAGUCAGAGGCAUCGAUUGCCCAAAAGAAACGCAGGGAGGAGAAGAAAAGAGCCAAGGAGGAGAAGAAACAACAGCAGAGGCAGCAACGAGCCGUGGGCAUCAUUACCAGGAAGGUGUUCUCUUGGACUCCUCAGGAGGACAGUGUGCUGCUGCUCUGCAAAGUGGCCUCUGAAAUCCUCAACACGGACCAGUCCUUCAAGAGCUGCAUCACAUGGGAGACCAUCCAGCGGGUCUUUGCCAAGAAAGUCCCCGAUUCCGUCAAUAUGGAGGGUAAGGAUGCGAAAGUCAUCUCUACGCGCUGCUAUCGCCACAUGAAGAACCCAGACUUCAGGACUAACUUUUCUGUGUGUCUAGGAGAAGUAAAAGAAGACAAGGAGAUUUUGGACAGCAUCAAACCACUGUCUGACAGAAGUUCCAUUGAGGCAGCCUCUGAAGAAUUUGAAAAGCUUUUUAAUAAGCUAGAAGCCAAGUUCAGAUUUGCCGAAGAAUUCAAUACCGUCCUGCCCGAUGACAUCACCAGUCUCCAUAGCAACUACAACGUGGUGCCCAUUGUUCAAACGGAUCCCACCAAUGCAACGUUCUUCAAAGAUGAGAACGCAACGGACUUGAAACGACUGACGCUGCACACCAUUGUACUGAGCACGCUGUCAUCCCAAAAUGCCAGUGACUACGAUGCCAGACUCGUCUUUAAGCUGUACGAGCAGUAUGACAACAGGUUGCUGCAUGACGUUUUCCUCUUCUGUAGGUCCACAGGAAUCGUCAACCGCUGUUCGAAACCCAAACGAAGGAUCAUGCCGUGCGUGCCCAUGUCGUAUCAACUCUCCAUGGGUUACAUCAGGCAUUUCAAGGCAAGGAUGCCGCAUGAACUUCCAGACGAAGCGGCCAGAUGCCAGGAGAAAUUACUGGAAUCAGCUCCAGAAGAAGAUGUCACCUUUCCCCAAGUCAGCUGUGGUGCGUGCUCGUGUCAGAUAUUCCUUCUCUCAACAGACCAGUUGAACUGCAAAAUCGUCAUCCCUAAGAAAGUGAUCGUCUUGGAUAGUAACCUCAUAGACCAGGAGUUCCUGAAGCAGAGUGGACUUCUGAAGAAGAGUGGGGACUUCUCGGACUCGGACAGCGACACCGACGAGGACUCAGAGGAGGAUGAAAACGAUGAGGAGCAGAGUGAUCAAAAUGAGGGGAGAGACACCCAGAUAGAUGGGGUGGGGAUGGAGGACAGUGAGACACAGGGGAUAGGGGUCAUAGACAGGGUGAGGAAUGUCACCGGAGUCAGAUUUGAUGAGGAUAAUGAUGAUGAGAAGACAACAGGACAGGCUGAAGCGAUGGAAGAUCAACAAGCCUUGGACUCUUCGAUAAGUGUUGUCGAGGAUGAUGCAAAUGACCGCAGCGUCAUGGAUCAGCUGAACGAACUGGCCGAGGGUCUUGUGAGCAUUGAGUCCCAGUUUUCCGAUGCAAUAGAAUGUCCAUCAGUUCAGCAGUCUGUUAUAGACAUGGACCAUAGCUACUUGGCUAGCACGUCAACGGUGGUUGAUCACGACCAACCAACUGUGAAUGGCUCAGGAGAUAGAGGGGAAACUUCACUUCCAAAGUCUGAAGGGACAGUGACUGGUUAUGGGGACGGUUCCGGAGACGCCAGCCAAGAAGUGUGGACUGCUGAUCCAAGAUUUAGUCUAAUAGAUGAGGUCCUUUAUGGGGUCGGCAGCUCUAAGCGGCAGGAGACUGCCAGCCCAAGUCAGGCCCACCUCAAGCCCCAGCCCCGCAACGCCACCAUGAAGUGCCUCUCGUACGACCAGGUCUCCUUCACCAAGUGGCUGAUCCUCCGGGGCCACUACGCGCCGGGGGUCUGCGGCAAGAAGAUCUCAACUCUCCAAGAGAACAUCGCCUUUAACGCCUUCAUCAUCAAGCUCUCACUCAACGAAUCUAGUCCCGGGGUCCCUUGCCAAUCCCGUCCAGAGUUCCAGCCCUGUGCUAGUCUUCUGGAAUACCUCCUCAGGCCUUGCAAGAAAUUUGUGUAUUUGGAGCCUGUCUGGAAGCCGACGGAACUUGGCCAAGAAGCUUCCUAUCUUGAAGAGUUGUGUCAAGGAAAGGUGUUUGAACAGCAAGGAGACAGCACCCAGGAGCUAACACAGAGGUUCACUGGGAUAGGCCUCGAUGCUGCUACAACUACUGCACUCAUCCAAAUCUAUGAGAAGAUUAAAGAAGCCGGAUUUCUUGGCGUGACCGUGCCGGAAGUGAAGAGGAUUGUGGGAAGGGUGGAGGCAGCCAGCACUGUCAAGCUUUCUCUGGAGAAAUAUAUCAAUCUGUUGCUCGACCAGGAAAUGAUAGUGGAAGUGGGUUCCAACGACCUCCGCAUUGUCGCUACAAAACACGCCUCACUGUGGAUGAUCCAUUCGCACAGACUAGUAAUCCCUGCCAAAUCUGCUGAUUCAGACCCUCUUGCCAAGAGACCGUGUCUAGACAGGCUGUCAGAUACCUGCUUAGAUCUACCUUCGAGGAAUGAACUAGUGGAGGGAGAGAGUAGCAACACUGAAAUUGUUGACCUAACAGGAGAGCCCCUAGUGCCACAACUCCAAAGCGAAUAUUCAGUUGAGAAGAUCUCAAUGUCUGAACCAGGACAGAGGCUGAGUCCCCUGCCUGGGUCAGGUCAAGUGCUCGAGGUCACUCCAGAAGAUGACCCCCUUGCUGAAGGGUCAGGGGGCAAAGGUCACCAGGAGGUCACUGUCGUAGGUUCCCCUGAAGAUGCAGCCGAAGAGGUCUUGGAGAUUGGCGAGGCGACGGACACGAUGAGAGAAUCCAGUGAUGGUGGAGAGGCAUCCUUGGCCGACAGAAGCUCAUCAACUGAUUCUGAUCACGGUAGAGCAGUCAAGAGGAAGUUUGCCACGGUCAUUGAUGGUGUCUACGAGCCAGUUGAUUUUGUCCCGCGUCCCUGGUGCAAGGUGAACGGCAAGGUGAAUCGGCCUGAGCUGUGCAAGAUGAUCAGGGGCAUCGCUCUUAAAAUCCUAGCCGAGCCGGGCAUCAAGGAGUCGCAGAUAGUCCAUCACCUCCGGAUCAUCUUCAGGAAGGUUGACUCGCUCAAGCUUCUUCAGAUAAUGUCAGAUCUGGGCCUGAUCACCAGGCACUGUGUCACCCUUCCUAAACCAAGCUUGUUUGGCAGGACGAAGUCAAGGUCCCAGCCCACAGUCUACUACUACCAUCCCAGCAUCAACUGUCUGACAAUAAUGGGAGCCCUGUUUGAUGAACAUCAGGACACUCAGGACUGAAAAGAAACUUCAGGAACAAUGAAACCGGCCUCAAGAUUUAUUAAUUAACAGAGUUAUUUUCUUCAGACUUAAAGGCAUAUAAGAUCAUUUGCUUUUCAUGCGUUUUGUUCUUUUCAAAUAAUAACACCACGCAAAAUCUGAAGAAUGUUCAAAACCUGACCUGUUGAGUUUCAGCUCAGUGAAUAU